AUGGUGAAAGCUAAGCUCACCAUGGCAUUGCUGCUUAGUUUGGGGAAAAGUCUUUUUGCCACUUCAGCAUAUACACUGCCUCAGUACCCUGCACACUGGGCCCUUCCAUCUCAAACAUCGGACGAUAUGGCGACCGGCGGUGUUGGUUUUGUUGUGCACCCAUCUGUCGUCCAUCUUGUCGAUUCUCACGAGACUCUGUCACCUCGUCUGGCCAUUCUUCGCCUCCGCCCUCUGCGCCAAAAACCCAUCAGUAUCAUCAACUGCUACUCACCAACAUCAGUAGCUGAUGAACCCGAAUUGGACGCGUUUUACGAGGAGCUGGAGGAAGUAAUCCGCAACGAGAAGUCUAUCUACAAAUUCGUUGUCGACAACUUCAACGCAAGACUAAGAGAGGCAACAAAAGAGAAAUACAGGAAUGGAAGAUUUGGACUAGGCGACCGGAAUGAAAAUGACAAUCGUCUUGACGGGCUGUUGUCCGCCGCUCGCCUCUUUCAUGGGAACUCUCUUUUCAUGAAAAAAGAUCAUCGUCGGUGGACAUGGGAGUCGCCCAAUGGCGUGACUCGUGCGGAGAUCGACCACAUACUCACCAACCGGGGGUGGUGUCUACUUGACGUCUCAGUACUACCAUCCUUUUGUAGUGGUUCUGAUCACCGUCUCUUUCGUGCGAAAAUGCGACUUAGCCACACGAUGGAAAAGAACAUCUGCUAUCGGCAACGAAGGAGAAAAGAAGUCUACGACGAUUGCGUACUCGAGGACUCCUUGUCCCAAGGUGACUGGUACAUCGAGGAGAACCCAAACGUGGACUACGAGAUGCUGCUCAGAGGAUUACGAGCUAGUGCUGAACGUGCCUUAAAGCCAAGCACGACAAACUUGGAUCGAAUUUCGAAGACCACCAAGGAAUUGUUGGAGAGAAGAAGGACUUUGAGGCUUGAUCCGAAUGCAUCGCAUAUUGAGCGGUUAGUAGCAAACACUAGCUGCAGAAAAGCGUUGCAGGAGGAUCUUUUCAAAUACAGGCGGAAGAAGAUUCUUGAAGCAGCACAAAGAAGAACGGCUCUAAAGAAGAGCUGCAGGGAUCUCCGCGAAUAUAAUAUUCCGCUAGCAGCCUUGCUGAGCGAAGACGGGACUUGCACGUCUUCUCGUCGAGAGAUGGAAAUCAUUACGGAGAGGUUCUACUUGAACCUUUUCCGUUCAUCAACUCCUGUGUCAAGCCUGAUCAUCCCCACAGGUGAAGCUCCACCACGGAUUCUCCCUUCGGAAAAAGAAAGGAUCCCAGACAAGUGGAAGACCUCGCGAACCGUUGUUAUCCAUAAGAAAGGUGACCGAGAGGAUCUUCGGAACUACCGUCCGAUAUGCUUGUUGAGCGUGUUAUACGAAGUGUUCACCAAGAUCAUCCUCACGCGCAUAUCUAGGACGCUGGAUGAAGCCCAGCCUCAAGAACAAGCUGGAUUCCGCCAAGGGUUCAGCUGCUUGGACCACAUCCAGACCGUGUCGAGUGUCAUAGAGGUUUGCCGGGAAUACCGCCUGCCUCUUGUUCUAACCUUCGUCGUCUAUCAGAAAGCCUUUGACAGCGUAGAAACGAAUGCAAUACUGUCAGCGCUUGUCGAUGAAAGUGUGGACGCGUCGUAUGUGAGGACAUUAGCCAAUUGCUACGAUCGAUGCACGACUAGGAUACAGCUUUUCCACCGCCCUCUCACCAUACCCAUUGGAAAGAAGGUACGACAAGGCGAUACUAUAUCGCCGAAGCUGUUCACUACUGCAUUGCAAUGGAUAAUGAAAUCGCUAUCCUGGGAAGAAAGGGGCAUAUGUGUUGAUUGA